GCUAUCUCCUCACAACCAGGGAGGCAGCCGCCUGGGCUCUUUGGAGUGAGAGUGGGAGAAACUGGAGGGGCACAGCUUUGCUCUUUUGAAGGCAUCAGACAGUCGGCUGUUUCCACCGGAUAAAAUCUCCUUAAGUCUGGAGAUUUAAGAAAAUAACAAAAACUCAGCCAAGACCCAGUAUGAGGCUGGAAGGACAUCGGCAGACCUGAGUUCCUGUCAGUUGAUUUAUCUUCUUUAACAACUGUUCUCAGAGUACAAAGCCAGACACAUGACGGAGAGGUUCGAAGGCUGCUUUGUAGUCAGGCACACGCCUCAUCCCAGAAGAGUUUGCCACAUCAAAGGUUUGAACAACAUCCCAGUCUGCACUGUGAAUGAUGAUGACAUAUUUCCCAGAAUGCUGUAUUGCUCCGACCAGUUUAGCCCUUCAGAGAGGAAUGAGACAUCAUUAACAAAAUUCAGUAAACCACCCAGCACCGCAUCCCCAGAGAGCCCGAGUGUCCGAGGACUAUCACCAGUCCCAAACAGACAGCCUGCAAGGCCUCACUCUGAGCCAUGUAGAAAAUUCAGUCCGUGCUCCAAAACUUCCAGAGACAAACCCUUGGUGAAAAAUAAGAUCGAAGAUAAAGCUAAAAAGCCACUAGUAUCCCCAAGGAUGUACUCUGCGGCUGCCUCCCCGUGCUCAGAUGUGAUGAGCCCCAAGAUCCAUGGGAAUGAAAACACUGUGCGCAUACCAAACUACCUGGAUCAGGAGAUAAAGAUCCUGGCAAAGCUCUGUGACAUUCUACAUACCGAUUCUCUGGCAGAGGUUCUGGACUGGCUGCUUCAAGCAAGUUCCAAAGAAAAGGAAUGGGUAUCAGCUCUGGUUCAUUCUGAACUAGCUGAGGUAGACCUGCUGACUCGCCAGAGAACACACACCCCAGCAGACCCAGCUGCAGAGCCCAGGAAGCCAUCCACCUCUGUAACACACACCACAACCAAAUUGCUGCAAAACUCACGUGCAAAACUGAAAGCACUGACUGGAUCGAGAGAACAUCAGCUACUCAGAAUAUCAAGUCAAGGAUCCGAAGAAAACAAGCCAGUAUCACAAGGGGUUGAGACCCCGUUGUUUAUAAGAAGAAACAAGAAGAAAAUACCCGUUACAGAAUAUUUCAGCAGUCCAAAGUCUCCUUUCAAGUCUAACACUCAGGAGAGCAGAGCAGCAAAACCAGGGUCAGCAAGGAGUGUGCAAAGCUACAGCCCUCAGAGAACAUUCUAUCCCUAACACAUCAAAGGUAGAAAUGAACUCUGGGUGGUUCUUUCACAAAGACGAGCUUCACACUGACAGAACAUCAAAAAAGUUUUAAAAAUAACCAGUCCUCUAUGUGGUGACACAUGUAAGUCUCAAAAACACGUACAUAUAAUGCUAGAAAUAAAUAUUAAUAAAGACUAUCUCUAUUUGUAGUUAGUUUUAAUACUUGUAGAAUAAAUAUGCUUAUUUAAAUGCCA